CUACUGCUAACUUAAAUGAGUGAACCACCAAAGGCACAUUUAGCCUCUAGUUUGUCCUUAUAUUGAACAAUUUGGAGAAUAUAUUUAUACAUUCAGAUAAACGUAACUAGUCGAAGUUGUUAGGGCAAACAGUUGAGUAAAAAAACCAAACGCUUUAAAGCUGAGUUUCCGUUGGAGAAGUUACUGCUGGUGUAACGAGGAUUUCAGUCAACCAGACGCAGGAUGUGCUAACGUUAAGAUGCCUUCUUUUGACUUGCUGCAUAAGGUCGAGCAGUUUGUGAAACAUGGAACGUUUUCUGAAGACGCAUCAAAGACCUCGAAGAAAGUGACCAAAGCUGCGAGCAAAAAGUUCAUCUAUAAAGAUGGCUGUCUGUGGCGUUCGUACCGAGGCCGCCUCCUCCGAGUCGUCAAGAGCGACCAGGAGGUGAGGGAACUCAUGGUCCGUUUCCAUGACAACAACCACCACGCCGGCCGGGUCAAAGUAAUAAAAGAGAUAAUGCUGAGGUACUACUGGGUUGGAGUGACGAAAGUUGUGAAGUCCUGGAUCAAAGAGUGCGCUGUUUGUCAGAACCGAAGUGUCCCAGAACCGCAUGAACCCCCCGUCCAGGUCUGCCUGGCCUACGGCUGCGACGCAACCAGCUACAUUUACCCCGAGCUCAGCUUCCACAGGUUUCCAAAAGUGGAAGAGCAACGGCGACGUUGGCUGGCGGUGGCUCAGAGGGACGAAGGCUCGCUGCGCACAAAAUCCUGCCUCUGCUCGAAACACUUUGAGCCGUCCUGCUUCACGCUGAGCGACGAGGGUCAGAUGACUCUGUCACCAGACGCCGUACCCACCAUCAUCCCUGUGACAGCGCAGGAGGACCAGGUUCCUGUCGCUUCAGAUGAGGACUUCCUAUACUCCAGCAGCGUUGAAGACCUCUUCUCUGCUGCCAGGGGAAGAACCAGAAGCCCCACCGAUCAAACCUCCGAACGACCCGCGGAGUUGCAGGAGCAUCAGUACUGCCUCCCAGGUCCAGACACUAGAGACAUCCAGAAAGUGAUGGAGGUAAAGAGGAGGAAGACACUCAUCGAGCCGAGCUUCAAGCUGUUCAACCAGAUCGCCAGGUAUCUGAGCCACAGAGUCUUACCAAUGCAAAACAAGAAAUCCAGAGGUAGUUUGAAAAGGAUGAGUAAGCGCUUUGGGCUAAAAGACGGUGUGCUGAUGUACACUCAAGUCUCUCCUCCUGUCCGAGUGCUACGCAGCAGAGCAGAGGUGAACUCGAUCCUGCAUCAGUUUCAUGACGACCAGAAUCACUGCGGGCUGGGAGUCUGCCAGCGUGAGAUCACAAAGCGCUUCUACUGGGACAGCAUGACCCGGGAGCUGGCCCGCUGGGUCUCCUCCUGCCAGACCUGCAUCAACAGGACCAAGAGGAGGUGGCUCCGCUGCAGCGUCCAGACCUGCCCCAACGGCUGCGGGCCGGUGGAGCGCGGCCUCGGCCUCACCUUCCAUAAGUUUCCUCUGGACAACACGGCUCUCCUGCGUCAGUGGUUGAAGGCGGUCGGUCGUCCUCACUGGCAUCCUCGGCUCGGCUCGUCCGUUUGCUCGUCCCACUUCACCGAGGACUGUUUCGACCGCAGCGGGGAGAAGGUCACGGUCCGUCCAGACGCCGUGCCAACACUUAUGGUGCACGGCGGCGAACAAGAGACUCCAAUCAGAGGUCCAAUCCAGCCUGGAGUAGAUGAAGCCUAUUUUGCUAAGUAUGAUGCCGUGGAGCUCUACCUGAGCAAACAGACUUAUCCUCCUGGACUCAGCUACGUGGAGAAGAACACCUUCAGGAGGUUCUGCAAGAAGUAUUGCAUCAAAGGCGGCAGGCUGCACAUAGAGAAAGGAGGCCGGCUGUGUUUGAUCCUGAGGAGCCGGCAGAGAGUGGAAGAGGCCCUGGUGGAAUUCCACGACGAGCUGAACCACCUCAACGCCAACAAGUGUCUCAGACUGCUCAACGAAAGGUACUUCUGGAAAACGAUGCGACCUGAUGUGGUGCAGUGGAUCAACAGCUGCUCGGAGUGCAGCAGGAAGACCAAGAAGAAGAAACCAGAAAUCCAAACACAGUCACACACAGCAGAAUCUCCUCUGCAGACGCUGAGAUCUCCACAGAACCCUGAGGAUCUAGACCGUGGGAGGGAUGCCCAUGAUCACAGCGAUGAUGGCGAGAAUGGUGUUGUGGAGCUUGAUGAAGAUGUUGGUGAUGAAGAGAGUUGGACAACACCGAUUCUAGAGGCCAGAGGGGAGAACCCUGUGCCCCCUCCGUCUUUAACUCCCGCCAGAAUUCCCAUCCUCGUUCAUCUGAAAACACCCAUUACGUUUCAGUUGAGUACUCCCAUAAUCCUCCAGCCAAGGACUUCUAACGACCCUAUCCUGGGCAGACUUUUCCAGAAGCAGACAAACCCCUCCAACAGUGUAGACCCGGUCCAUCUGAACCCUCAGAUAGAGGAGCAGGCUGGACCUCAUGACCAGAAGGAGAGUGUUUCUCAGGCCAGAACCCUUCACUUCGUCAAAGUCCAGAACAUCAUCAACUCUCUCCCAGAGUCACAUUCUGCACCUGAGAUCACAGCUAAACACAAAGCUCCACAAACUAGGACCGAGGCAAUUACACCUCCAGGUCAAAGCAGAGGGCUAAACACCCAAACCAAGAGCCCGGGCAGCACCCAGCAAACGAGGAAGAGAAGGAGAGACCUGGACGGGACGUCUCCGGCUAAAAAGAUCUCCAGCUCUGGUCUGGAGCCUGUCGUGGCCCCGAGCUCCAAACCCUGGCCCGUCUUCACCAUCGCUGACUCAACCCCGGCGCAGACAGCCAAACCCCCUCCUAAUGUGGACAGCGCCACUCCCCUGCAGAGGAACAGGACUCUUCAGGCCCGGACGGUCAUCCAGCAGUGCAGCGAGGCCAGGGUUAAAAUCCAACCAGCGCACGACGGGGCCGACGCUCAGUGGGCCGAGAUCCAGGAGGGAUUGGUGGUUUACGUUUGCUUCUUCCAUGGAGCCACGGAGGAAGUCGCUCAUGAGAUGGCCAGCAGUCUGAUGACCACCAAGUUUUUCCGUAAAGACACCGGACACUCUGUCUCUGUUCUCAACCUUCCCGGGAGCGUUUUAUUCAUCCCCCAGGACUCCCUGCUCGGGGAGGUGGGGCCCAAGAGGAGUAGGCAGUACAGAGGUGGGGGUGAGCUGUGGUUGGGGGGGCAGCUCUUCUCCACCCUGAUCUCUGCCUGCAGGGAGAUCAUGUCCGGCUCGCUGAAGUGUAGGAUGGCCGGCGUGAAGGUGGAGCAGGGGGCUUACGGACAGAAACAGGAGAUCAGCCUGAAGUCUGCGGAGCCGCUGACGCUGCUGCUGGAGUUCUGAGGGGGGGGGGGGUUAAAAACAGACACUGUGUGUAUAAAGCUACACCCCCCACCCUGAAAAGCCUCCAUUGGACUCCUUUGUUUACUUCCGGAACCCAGAGACAUCACUAAGUAACAAACACACUUUUAUUGGCUAUCGUUUCAACACAUUGUACGUGAUAGGCUAAGGGGCGGGACAUCUCUAAGCAGUUGACCAAUCACAGCAGAGCCGGCCAGCUUUCCGACCUCUUUCAACAUUCGAAGCAGGGUGACAUGUCACAGGAGAGGCAGACAAUACAGAUUUGAUCCUGAAAAUAUGGACAGAAACACUGAGGCAAUUCUUUCUUUGUAUACUUCUGUUAUUGAGUAAAUAUAAUACUCUAAUUGUUUAGAGUACAUCCUUUGUUUAUACUGUAUAGUUGAGAGCAAAAAUACAAAUAUAAUUAAACGUGUUUUAUUGUAUUUAACUGUCUUUCUCUUAUAUAUAGGUAACAAGUAUAUUAAUAUAAUGGUAUUUUGGUACUUUGGUACUUUUUGCUCGGGUUAAUUUAAAUAGUUCAACUGAUUCCCUAAUUGUUUUUGUGCUGUGUUACUACUUUAAAAUGGUCUGGUUGUCGUUAAGGGCUUGAAUGUCUUUCAAUACAAAUGUCUACACAAAGAUAAACCAAACAAUAAAUACAAUUAUAAAUAAAUUAUACGGGGAGGCAAAAGAGGAAUGAGAGAAAAAACAGAGAAGGAACAAAUAAAACAAAUGCCAAAUGAAAUUCAGGAUCAUUUUAUUGUGAAUGAAACAAAAUUCAUAAAUACAGAAAUGAAUCCAGUUUAACUUUCUGUACUUUAGGACCUAGAAAACAUGAAAUCUGCUUCUUUAUUUUUCAUUUGCAUAGCUGCUACACUGCAUAAAUAAUAAAGUCACUGCCAAACUCUUUGUGUUUAACUAUAGGCAAUAACAGAUAUUACAUCAAUGAAAAAGACAUUCGAACAUAGCAAAGAGAAAAAGGAGCGUGGAAGUGUGGGUCCGUUAGACAAGACUAUUUAUUACUGGUGGGUACGUUUGACAUACUGAAAUAUACAAACAAUGAAGUUUGGAGCAAUAAUCAGUAGUUUGUAAUAAACAGUAAGAAAACAUUCAA